UAGUAAAAACUAUCAAAGCAACCUCUGUAAAAUUCACUAAUUAUCCUCACACACAUAGCUGAAGUACUGUCAUCCCCUUUCUAAGAAAAUUAUAGUUUACAGGCUGAAGUAACCUGAUCAAUGAAUGAUAAACGGUUUCAAAGCCCAAGCUCUUUCAUCAUCAAAGGGAGAGGGGGAGGGGAUUAAGCCCUUGACUGGAAACCUAGCAACGUAACUCGAACUACAACUCCCGAAAUACAAAGCGGCACCCGUCCCACCGGUCUUGGCUAGGAAGUGCAAAGGAUCCCAUCGUUCCUCUCGGCGCGAAAGUCACUCUGGGAGCGGUAGUUCGUCCGGGCGCCUACCGGUUUCGCCAGCGCGGCAGCGGGCGGCUCGAGGCGGUAGCCAGCGGUCGUGUGAGGGCAAGCUGAGUCGGAGAAAGGGCGCGGAACGUAAACGGUGAGUCAGGCACAGGCUGCGCGAUAAAGGGAGGCGGUACCGCGACGAAGGGCCGACUUAAGACAAGCGCUCGGUUCCGCGGUCUAUUCCGGGACGACGCCGAGGGAAGGUGAGAGGAGCCGGUUGCCCGUCGCCGCCGCCGCCGCCGCGCUCGCCCUCGCCCUCCGCGCCCCGCCGCCGCCAUCUCCAGCAUGCAGGCCCGGGAAGACGCCCCGCGCUCCCGCCGCCUCGCCAGCCCCCGCGGCGGGAGGCGGCCCAAGAGGAUCUCCAAGCCCUCGGUGUCGGCCUUCUUCACGGGCCCCGAGGAGCUGAAGGACACGGCGCACUCGGCCGCCCUGCUGGCUCAGCUCAAGGCCUUCUACGACGCGCAGCUGCUGUGCGACGUGACCAUCGAGGUGGUGACGCCCGGCAGCGGGCCCGGCACCGGCCGCCUCUUCUCCUGCAACCGCAACGUGCUGGCCGCCGCCUGCCCCUACUUCAAGAGCAUGUUCACGGGCGGCAUGUACGAGAGCCAGCAGGCCAGCGUGACCAUCCACGACGUGGACGCCGAGUCGUUCGAGGUGCUGGUGGACUACUGCUACACGGGCCGCGUGUCCCUCAGCGAGGCCAACGUGCAGCGGCUGUACGCCGCCUCCGACAUGCUGCAGCUGGAGUACGUGCGCGAGGCCUGCGCCUCCUUCCUGGCCCGCCGCCUCGACCUGGCCAACUGCACCCCCAUCCUCAAGUUCGCCGACGCCUUCGACCAUCACAAGCUGCGGGCCCAGGCCCAGUCCUUCAUCGCGCACAACUUCAAGCAGCUGAGCCGCAUGGGUGCCGUCCGCGAGGAGACGCUGGCCGAUCUCACCCUGGCCCAGCUGCUGGCCGUCCUGCGCCUGGAUAGCCUGGACAUCGAGAGCGAGCGGACCGUUUGUCACGUGGCCGUGCAGUGGCUGGAGGCUGCCCCCAAGGAGCGAGGUCCCAGCGCUGCCGAGGUCUUGAAGUGUGUGCGCUGGGCACACUUCACCGAAGAGGACCGGGACUACCUGGAAGGGCUGCUGACCAAGCCCAUUGUGAAGAAGUACUGCCUGGACCUUAUUGAAGGGGCCCUCCAGAUGCGCUAUGGGGAUAUGUUGUACAAGUCUCUGGGGUCAAAGCCAAACAGCAGUGGAGGCAGCAGUAGUAGCAGCAGCAGCAGCAACAGCUCUGCUGUAUCUGUGGCAGAAAAGCCACCCCAGAGGCUGGGAAUGUGUGCCAAGGAGAUGGUGAUCUUUUUUGGUCACCCCAGGGAUCCCUUUCUCUGCUAUGACCCAUACUCCGGUGACAUUUACACGAUGCCUUCACCUUUGACUAGCUCGGCACACACUAAGACUAUCACAUCCUCGGCUGUAUGUGUCUCUCCAGAUCAUGACAUCUAUCUAGCUGCCCAGCCCAGGAAAGAUCUCUGGGUGUAUAAACCAGCCCAAAAUAGUUGGCAGCAACUGGCAGACCGCCUGCUGUGUCGUGAGGGCAUGGAUGUGGCCUAUCUGAAUGGCUACAUUUACAUUUUGGGUGGACGAGACCCUGUUACUGGAGUCAAAUUGAAGGAAGUGGAAUGCUACAGUGUUCAGAGAAAUCAGUGGGCAUUGGUGGCUCCUGUACCCCACUCAUUUUAUUCCUUUGAACUAAUAGUAGUUCAGAACUAUCUUUAUGCUGUCAACAGUAAGCGCAUGCUCUGCUAUGAUCCCAGCCAUAAUAUGUGGCUAAACUGUGCAUCUCUUAAGCGAAGUGAUUUUCAGGAAGCCUGUGUCUUUAAAGAUGAGAUCUAUUGUAUCUGUGACAUCCCAGUCAUGAAGGUCUACAACCCAGCUAGAGGAGAAUGGAGACGGAUUAGUAACAUUCCCUUAGACUCAGAGACUCACAACUACCAAAUCGUCAAUCACGACCAAAAGUUGCUGCUCAUCACUUCUACCACCCCACAAUGGAAAAAGAACCGUGUGACAGUGUAUGAGUAUGAUACUAGGGAAGACCAGUGGAUUAAUAUAGGUACCAUGUUAGGCCUUUUGCAGUUUGACUCUGGCUUUAUUUGCCUCUGUGCUCGUGUUUAUCCUUCCUGCCUUGAACCUGGGCAAAGUUUCAUCACUGAGGAAGAUGAUGCAAGGAGCGAAUCUAGUACUGAGUGGGACUUAGAUGGAUUCAGUGAGCUGGACUCUGAGUCAGGAAGUUCAAGUUCGUUUUCUGAUGAUGAAGUCUGGGUGCAGGUAGCACCUCAGCGAAAUGCACCAGAUCAGCAGGGUUCUUUGUAAAUAUUUUGAAAAACUAAGAUGUUUCUUUUACUAUGUGGAAUGUAUCUUUAAAAGAUACCAUUUUUCCUGGAAAAGUUGAUUAGGAUUACAAAUUUGGUUUAGAAAGGGUAAUUAUUUGAAACACUGCAAAAUGUAAAGUCCCUGAAACCAACUAUUUAAUUUUCUGUACUAAAAAUCCAGAAUUAAAAUUUGCAAAUGUGAAUUACAUAAUUUGUUAGGAUACUUGGGAUUUUUUUGUUUUGAUUUAGUAUAUUUAUAUUUUGUUAUCCUAAUUUAGUUUUAACUUAAUUCCUUGGUAUUUUAUUUGUUUUACUGAAUUUUUUUCUUUGAUUUAUAGAAAAACUGUACUGAAAAUUGGUUGGAUUUUGAAGGUAUAUAUUUUCCUUCAGAAUAAUGAAAGUAGUAGAUUUACACUUUUAGUAUUCUAAGUUAAAUAUAGUUAAAAGUUUAGUUUCCUUUCAGCAAAGAAACAACUGUGCAUAGGUAUUAAGGUUACUCGAUUACAUUUUUGAUAAUGUCUAGAAUGGUCUGGCCUUAGAAGGUACAGAAAUUUUUUUUAUAAAUCAGGAUUCUACUGUCUAAAGAACUUCAGCUUUUAUUUUGGAAUUAAAAAAAUUCAUAUUUGUGAACUGACCAGUUUCUACCUUGAAAAUAAGUCUGUUCUGUUAGUGUCACCAAAUACUUAAGUACCCUUCUAGACCAAAAGGUAACUUGUUUUGUAAAUUCAUAUUUUUUAUCUAGUAUAUGCUUUGUUGCCUCAAGGAAAACCCCUCUUUUUUCCCCCAGAGAUAUGUGAGUAAUGUAAAUUUCUAUCCAUUGGUCAUGCCUUGUCCUAAAAAGUUUGUUUGCCUCCCUAAAACAUUUUGGCUGUAUAGUUUUAGUGUUCCAACUGGAGGAUUCCUCAGCAGGGGAACUGACUUAUUCUUUACUGUUUUUGUGAGGUAAUAUUGGGUUUAAAAGUAUGUAUAAGCUAAAAACCGUAUUUUACUGAGAAUGAGUGAUUACAGUGUUUAUCAAUUCUCAAACCAAGUGCCAGCAGUGAACUUGAAAACUUUAAGCUGUGUAUAGAAAAGUUUUGUGUAAUCAAAUACUGUCAGUUUUGUAAGUCAACGUAAAUGUUCCUGAUUAUAAGCUUGAAGGUAUUUUUGUAUUAAAAGUUGACAACAGUUAAGAACAUAAGUGGAUGAUGGCAUUUGGAGCCAAUAGUGAAAGUAUGUUUACUUGGAACUAUUUCUGUAAGUAGUGUUAUUCAUGUUUAUUUUAUUAUGGUAUUUAUGUCUAUUUUGUGUUUUUCUGUGAACUAUACAAGUCUUUGUUUCUGUCACCAUAUAUAAGGAAAAGUCCAGAAGUAAGAGCAUAUCACUCCAAACUGACAUUGUUAAAUACAGGAACAUAAUAGGUGCUUAUCUUUGAAGGUUUAUUAAUAUAUAUGGUGGUCACACUACAAACACAUAGUAAAUGGUGUACAUAUAGAAAUGUUUAUGAUGUAAAGUUUUCUAUCUUCUCUUAGAAUUACCUUCCUGAGUUUUGUUCAUUAACUUGCUAAAUUAAUCCUCAGAGUUUCUUUAGUGAAAGAAUGCAAAUAUAUCUUACUCUCUGGUAGAGGACAGAGUCUGGUCUGGAAUAGGGAAGUGAAUUUUUGGCUGGAAAAACAAAGGAAAGAUAAAAGAUAAACAAGACAUUCCACAAGUAAUCUUUUUUCCGUCAUUUUGAUGGCUGUUUGAAGAAUCUACAUGUCAUUUGGUUUAAUGUUAUUUCUAUAGAAAUAAGAUGCCUGCCCUACCCAGCAAUAUAUGUUCUGUCAAAAGAGUGAGUAUGCUAUAGUGGCUUCAGGCCAAAUUUUGUUCUGCUUGAUACCAGUAAUUUUGUAAGCACUAUUCUUCACAUGGAAAAUUAUUUCUUAAUGGUAUUAUUUUGGGGCCAACAUUUUCUUAACCAUUAACUUCCAUUGAUAACUUGGUUCUAAAAGGUUGAAACAUGACAACGCUUAUCUCUACCACAUUAUCCAUCUGCACAAUUAAUGUCCAUCUGCACAAUUAACGUCUGCUACUGAUGUGUAAAGGAGACAUUCUCCACUUUGUCAUUUCUCAACCUUUGCAUUGAAGCUUUUACUAAAUAAUACUAAAAUCUUGAUUUACAAUGAGUUUUUCUUGGGAAGGAUUUUGGUUUUGUAACAUUUGUGAGCUAGAGAGUAGUUGUUAGCUAUUUUGUAGAUAAGUGAUUUGUACAUGGUUAGUUACAAAUAAAGCUGAUAUUAAACUCCA